GGCUCGCGUCCGGAGCAGAUGGGGACUGGUGGUUAUUUGCUAAAACCUUGAUCACAUCGAGCCACAUAUUUGAGUUGUAAUCGGCAAACGUAACCGAGCAGGAGAUGGACGCUGGCUCGACCACAGGGGACAGCACGGAUGCCAUAGUGAUGGAGGAUUCGUCUCCAGAAGAAAGAGACACCCUGGAUGCUUAUCGUAGUGGGAUCCCGGUGCUGUCGCUGUGCCCUCCCGACAGCGUGUAUCCGGAACAGACCAAUCUGAAUGCCAUCCAAGCCGAGCGGGAGCUGUGUGACAGCUGCAGCGGCCUCGGCGGACGCGCUUCGUCCAGUCAGCUUUAUCACCAAGUUCCCCAGGAUCAAGCUCAGCUCCAUAAAUGCCCCCACUGCAGCCCCUACAGUGCUCACAAGGCAAACGCGUGCUGCGGGCAGAACAGCACCGGCGGCCCUCACGCCGAGCAAGGUGUGACGGUCCAAGUGGGCCACAGCUGUAGUUCUAGCCAUCAGACGUCUCACCAGCACCGUGCGGCGAGGUGUGACGGGCUGCACGGAUCCAGUGAAGGCGUUGACAGGGAUGGAGGACGCUACUGCUUUGUGAGAAUUUACUCCCAGAUGCUGGUGGACUACCCGUUAGAGGUUCUCCUGGGAUGUGCCUUGCUAGUCCUCGGAUGCUCUCUGGCUGGCCUCUUCAUUGGGCCGCUGCCGGACUUCUCGGAGCCUCUGCUGGGCUUCAAGCCACGAGGGACAAAUAUCGGAGUUCGCCAAUCCAGCUUGUCCAAGCUGCAGGAGAGCACUGGCCCAGGGAAACCAUUCUCUCUUUUUCCACAGCAGCUCAGUAAAAGCAGUGGCGAUGGCAUCCACAACACCACUGGACUUCGAUUAAAGAGGAUGCUAGCCACUGACUCGACUUCAGAGUCAUUCCUCUGCGACGCUCCCGGCCAGCAUUUGGCGCAGCUGGUGUUCCGCUCAGAAAGCUCAGCCAGUCUCUGGAGCCUAAAAGCCAUCCAUGCCAUGUGCGAGAUGGAGCAAUCCAGGAUACGCUCCCAGGCUCAGUUCCAGGAUGUGUGCCAGCAGCACGUGAGAGGCGAGGCUGAGGCGGCAUCCAGAAGCGGCUGCUGUCUCAGCUGGUCCCUGGGAAAUUACUUAGCCGCCCUCACUAAUGCCUCCUGCUGCCGAGGCCUAACCUCACACCAGAUCUCUGAGGCGCUCAACCUUCUCCGGAGGUGUGCGCCUUACUACUACGAUGGACACCUAGUGGAGACCUGUUUUCAGAGCCACACAUAUAGCAGCUGCUCUUCUGUCCCAUCACGCUGCAAACAGUCCCGCAUAGUGUUCCAAAUCCUGCACUUCCUGGUUGAUAAAGAUUUCCUAGGCCCGCAGACGGCAGAGUAUCAGAUCCCGACCCUCAAGUACAGUCUUCUGUUUCUACCGGUGGAUAAGGGGGAACGCAUGAUGGAGAUCUACAUGAGCAGUCUAAAGGGAAGAGAUCUGACGUAUAAGAAUACGACUAUCACUGGCAUGGACCUCGGAAUCAAGCAGACACUGUUUAAGUAUUAUCUAGCAAGAGACUCAGUGUUCCCCAUCCUUGCAAUCAUUUGUCUUCUUAUCACAAUGGCUCUCUAUCUGCACUCUCUCUUCAUGGUGGCAUUAUCUGUGGUAGCAAUUAGCGGGUCCCUCCUUACUUCCUAUUUCCUCUAUAAAGUAGCAUUUCGCCUGACUUUCUUCCCGCUGGUUAACCUUUCGGCAGCGCUUAUACUCCUGGGAAGUUGCUCCAAUCAAGUUUUUAUCUUUGCAGACUUCUGGAAUAUGCAGCUGUCCCAGAAGCCCUCAGCAUCCCUAGAGAAGAGAGUUCACAGGGUUUUGCAGGAAAUGGGCUAUUUGAUUUCAGCUUCGGGAUUGACCUCGAGCGCAGCGUUUUGCUCUGGUUAUCUUAGCAGCAUCACGGCUAUUAGAUGCUUUGCCGUUUAUCUUGGAACCGCCUCAUUCAUCAGUUCCCUCAUGGCGCUCGUGUGGCUGCCAUGCUCUUUCAUCUUGCGUGAACGUUACAUGGGAGCAUCCUCCGCAUCCGCUUCGCCACAGGGGUGGAAGCCCUGUUGUGCCAAAAACCCAGACGGAUUCUGGGAUGCAAGCUCACGCAAGAGGUGCCUUUUCACAUUUGGGCAGAAGCUGAGAGAAGUAAGACGAGGUCUCACUGACACGUCCAAUUUAGUGUUCCUCAAAAUCCUGCCUUGCGGAGUGGUGAAGUUCCGAUACAUCUGGGUGUGCUCCUUUGCCGUGCUGGCUGCGGGUGGCGCGUACAUGUCCUGCUAUGAUCCCGGAAUGAAGCUGCCUACUCUAGACACCACGAUCGCUCAGCUUUUCCGCUCCAGUCACCCGUUUGAGAGAUAUGACGCUGAAUAUCGUCACAUGUUUAUGUUUGAGAGACAGAUGAGUGGAGAGGAUAGGCCUGUGACAUUGAUGCUUGUUUGGGGCAUCAAACCGACCGAUAACGGAAAUCACUUUAACCCAAAAAGCAAUGGUUCUUUGGUUCUUGAUCCUGACUUUACAAUGAGUGAACCUGGUGCUCAGGUUUGGUUGAGGGAUCUGUGUGGACAUGUGCAAAACCAAAGCUUUUACUCUGCACCUUCCCUUCAGGACAGUGACGCAAUGAUAGAUAAUGUCUGCUUUGUGGAGCAGCUAUUACACUGGGUCUCUUUCAGAAGGUGUUCAGAGAGUGAUGACACACUCCCUAUUUGCUGUAACAAUGUCUCUUUUCCCUUCCCUCCUCGUGUUUUUGAGGACUGCCUGAGAAUGAUGCUGGCAGAGAGGUCCGCCAAGGGACGUUUGACACAUGGCGGCGGCGCGUACUUCCAGCCAGAUGGCCGGAUUGCCGCCCUCGUGCUAGCAUUCAACACCACAUACCGCUACAGCUUCAACUUCAGCCAAACAAAUGUUUUCUACAGAGAAAUCCUGGAGUGGUUUAACAAAGAAAUAUCGGGAGCACCGCCAGGGUUGGAAAACGGCUGGUUCAUCAGCCAGCUGUCUCUUUUUGACCUCCAACAAGCCUUAAGCUCAGAGAUGUUGGUGGUAGCUGGCACUUCAGUGUCUCUAACAUUUGUUUUUCUGCUCUUAACCACCUGGAAUAUUCCGUUAAGCGUAUAUGGAACCGUGGCUGUAGGUGGCAGCGUGUUUGUCACCGUCGGACUCCUGAUUCUCCUGGAGUGGCAGCUGAGUGGCAUCGAGGCUCUUUUCAUCUCAUCUGCAGCCGGGUUAUCGGUUGAAUUUGUAGCCAACUAUUGCAUUUCCUAUUGUUUUGCACCUCAUUUAGACAAAAUAGGGAGAGUAGCACAUUCCACUAAGAGGAUGGGAUGUCCUGUAGCAAUAGUUUCUGGUGCGUUUUUCUGCACUGGGAUCAUCAUGCUGCCUUCGACGGUCCUGCUCUUCAGGAAAUUGGGAAUUUUCUUGUUUCUGGUGAAAUGUGUAGCAUGUGGAUUUGCAACCUUCUUUUUCCAGUCACUCUGCUGCUUUUUUGGUCCUCAGAAAAAUUGUGGGAGGAUUGCGCUCCCGUGUUUGUCAGAGCCGUCCGGCGAGAUGCGGUCAUCUUGCUCAGGAGCAGAACCGAGCCCCUUGUCCACUAAUGGGGCCUUAGGAAGAGCUAGAGCGAAGAAGCCUUAUGACAAAGACGCAGGUGGCUACCUCUACCCAAACGAACAGAGGCUGAAACAGACGGGAACAGGAGGUGGGGUCAGGGGGCCAGAGCAGUACGAGCUGCAGCCUUUGGCCUAUCGACUGAGUGACAGCUUUGAGAACAGCACCUGUACCAGUAAGCUGUCUAAUAGGCCGUCUGUGCUCUCUGAUGAGAUAGAUUACUAUGGGAGGGAUGCAUCCUUGGACGGGGAAUGUGGGGAGAUAUGUAGUCGCCAAGCGCCUCCAGCUCUGCAGACCUCAUCUCCAUACAAAGAGAACCCAACACGAGCUGUAGACCUGACAAAAGAUGACAUGAUCAGUGGCAAGAGGCUUUGUAAAACCUGCCAAUAUCGUUCUAAUAGGGUGCUGCAGUGGACCAAUAAAACAAUUUCAUCGCCAUCGAGCAUGGAUGAAAGUGUAAGGGGCCACACAUUUGAGACCACUGACCAACCAUGUCUGUGCACAGAGGAGCAAACCACAGAGGAAAGACUUCUUCGGCCCUCCUCGCAGUCUGCGAGCUCCUGCGACUUUUUGGAUGACUCUAACGAAACAUGUUUGAGUGACAUUGAACCGGGGCCUUCAAAUGCCAAUCGAAGCGAUGGAGAAGCUCAGUUACAACCGGGACACCUGAACGGGAAGAGAGACACUCUGCGUCUCUCACUUAGAGAGACAGUUUAUGAGCUAUGUAGUAAAAGUCGUAGCAGUCAGACUGAGGAAAUUGUCAUUUUACCCAACAGUAAACCAGACCUUCCGGAUAUUUGGAUCAAGAGAGAUGCACAACGAGAUGAUACGCUUUAAGCAGAACACUGUGCAGGAAUAGACUUAAUCAGUGGCUUCAUGCAAGUAUAUGGACAAUAGCUCAUUAGACCAAGAAA